AUGGAUACAGCCAGUCACAUUACCAGUGCAACUUUUUGUGUCCGGAAACGCGGCUGGAGUGAGCAACAGAUGCCGAAUUCAUUUGCGCAUUCUCACGAAAACACUCUCCUGUUAACCGACUCUGGUUAUCUCAGUGCUCACCCGAAUAGCACAGCAACCUCGGAUUUCCCACCAAUCAAGCGAGUAGCCAACGAACGGGAACGUACUCGAACGGCCAGUGUGAACGAUGCGUUUCUCAUGCUUCGACGUCUCAUCCCUACGGAACCUAUGAAUCGCAAGCUAUCCAAAAUAGAAACCCUUCGCUUAGCUUCUUCAUAUAUAUCCCAUUUGCACGCGGUGCUAGUAACUGGUAUUGAUCCGGCCGAACAACCAUGUCUACGUCACCAGCAAGUUCCACCUUCAGGCUGCAUCCCUGGACGAUGUCCUUUGGGAACUCAGGAGCAGAGGGCUCAAGCGAGUAAAGAGCAACAUCGACCUGUGUGUACAUUCUGUGUGACAGAGAUGAAACAACAUCAGCGCGGUUUAUCUGAUGCAGGCGAGGCCCUAUCCGCAAGUUCCGGUGGGAAAUGA